AUGUCCGACAAGAAAGAGCAAGUGAAGCCCUUGGCGCCGGCGGCGCACCGUGUCGACAUCGACGACUACGACCGCUCCGACGCCUUCUCGGUGGAGCUGGCCUCGCACCUCUGCCACAGCCGCCAGAAGUGCAUCAAGCUCUGCGGCUGCUGCGCUGCGAUCCUACUGAUCGCGGUGACGGUGGUGCUAGUGCUCAUGUUCACCGUCUUUCACGUCAAAGAUCCGUCGCUAAAGAUGAACUCUGUCGCGGUUCACGGCGUCGGUGAGCUCGACCGGCGCACAGGUUCCGGGCCGGGCCGUAACCUGACGUUUGACUUCGAGGUCGAGGUCAAGAACCCGAACGUGGCGUCGUUCAAGUUUGGCAAUACGACGACGUUUUUGUACUACGGGGGCUCGUUGGUGGGGGAGGCAACGGGCCAGGCGGGCGAGGCCCGGGCCCGAAAGAGGGUUCGGAUGGACGUGAGCGUUGGAGUUAUGGUGGAUAAAAUUAUGGGAGUUGAAAGAUUAGGGAAUGAUUUAAGCGUUGGAAUUUUGAGUAUUAGUAGCUACACGAGGAUUAGUGGGAAGGUGAAGAUUACGCAAGCUAUUAAGAAAAGUGUUGUUGUGGUCAAAUUGAAUUGCACCAUGAAUUUGAUUGUAAGGACGCAGGGGAUUCAAGAUUUGAAAUGCACUUGA